AAGAACAAUAGCAACACCUUUCUUUCAACAAAUACAAAACCCCAACUCCCCCUUGAUGCCGGGAAAACGAAAAGUUCGAUUCCAGCGCACUCAAACAGUCCAGCCCACCACACGCGCAGGAAAAACAAUGACCGAGAAAUCGCGCCCGGGGAUCCCGGCCCUGUUCACGCAGCCGCCGGCCAUCCGUGACCCGCUCAUCACAGAAACAAUUGAUCUGCAGAAUGCAACGCUUGAGAAAUGCUUGCCCUUUCUCAAGGGAAUUCACAGUAGUCAGAAAGGCCCCUUCAAUGCUAGCGGGGUGCCCGCACUCCUCCGUGACGAUCAUGUCGGAUACCUCUAUGACUCCCUAGAGGACUAUCCCGCGGGCUUUGUUGCUAUGGACGCUAGCCGCCCGUGGAUGGUGUACUGGGCAUUGGCGAGCUUUGCCAUGCUGGGCGAGGAUGCGAGUCGAUUCCGCGAACGGGUGCUUGCUACGCUUCGGCCUAUGCAGAACUCCACCGGUGGCUUCGGUGGUGGCCAUGGCCAGAUAUCUCAUCUGGCAGGCAGUUAUGCGGCCGUGCUGUCGCUGGCGAUGGUAGGAGGCGAGGAGGCCUUUAGAUUGGUGGAUCGACACGCGAUGUGGCAAUGGCUGGGCCGCUUGAAGCAGGUCGAUGGGGGCUUUCGUGUUUGCGAAGGCGGGGAGGAAGAUGUGCGAGGCGCGUAUUGCGCUAUAACGAUCAUCUCGCUACUGGACCUGCCACUGACGCUGCCUCCGGAUUCUCAAGCGCGGCUGGCGGGUCUGGAGACGUUGACUCAUGGUCUUCCCCAGUAUCUCUCACGAUGCCAAACCUUUGAAGGGGGAAUCUCUGGAAGCCCUGGGUCAGAGGCCCAUGGCGCUUAUGCUUUCUGUGCGUUGGCAUGUCUAUCUAUCAUGGGGGCCCCAGAGGAGAUAUUCCACAGACAUAUGGACAUUCCAAUGCUGGUAUCUUGGCUUUCUGCCCGCCAGUCGGCCCCAGAGGGCGGUCUUUCGGGUCGCACAAACAAGCUAGUAGACGGGUGCUACAGCCAUUGGGUCGGAGGAUGCUGGCCCUUGCUCGAGUCGGCCUUGAACGGACAGCCGGGCAACGCCGAAACACCAGUGGGCAGUCUAUUCAGUCGCGAAGGUCUGACAAGAUACAUCCUUGGAUGCUGUCAAGGCCACACCGGAGGUCUUCGUGACAAACCGGGCAAACACGUCGAUUCAUACCAUACCUGCUACGUUCUGGCAGGCUUGAGCGCAACCCAACAUAACCACUACCGCACAGACUCGAGUGUCUCCAGCGGGGGGUUUGCAUCAGCAUUCUCCUGGAAGUCUACCCCAUGUCGCGCCGAGGACAAUGUCUUUGACAAAUCCGAUCGGCUGGAACCCUUGCAUCCCCUGUAUGUGAUCCCACACAAGGCAGCGGAGAAAAUGCGGCUCUGGUCCGAAGCCCAGCCUCUCAAUGUCUGACCUGAAACGGAUUAUCACCCGAAAUAAGAAGAUACGGGGCCAUGCGCCACGGAGGAAACCCAGGUGAAUGUGGUAGAUCGCAACAUUGGUAACUAGGAGCUCUGGGCGAACCUAUUCAUGCAUGACCUGGUCAUCCUAGAAACUGCAAGCCCCGCGAUCAUAGUAACAUGGGAGCCACGCGGAUAAGUCACAUGGGAAAUACGAAGGAGAAGACGCAAGGGAUAUACGACUGGGAGUUUGAGAAAGAGCCCACGUAUCGUCAUAGCAGUCAAUUCUAUUUCCAUUCCAUUCUUGCAAACAUGAUAUUUAGAUCUAUUCCAAUGUUUGCCACAUGCACAAGGCCCAAGAGGGC